AUGUCGCCAUCGUUCAAUUGGACUGCUCUGGCGGUUGCCAUCGCCGCAGUCUUCCUCUUCUGGACCAUCUCCUCCACCUCGUCACCUUUUACUCGCUCCUUUCCCAAACUCCGCAACAAGCGCAUCUGUUUGUUGAUCGCGCACCCCGAUGACGAGGCUAUGUUCUUCUCGCCCACGGUGCUGGCACUCACCAAGCCCGAGCUUGGCAACCACCUGAAGAUCCUCUGCUUCAGUACUGGCGACGCAGACGGCCUCGGCGAAACCCGCAGAAAAGAACUCCAAAAAUCCGCUCUCCUCCUCGGUGUCCGUGACGAAUCCGACGUCUUCAUCGUCGACGACCCCACCCGCUUCCCAGACAGCAUGUCCGCAACCUGGGCCGCAGACCAAAUAACCUCCCUGCUAGCCUCAGCCUUCUCCCCAGACCUCGCUGCAACCCUAAACGGAACCGCAAAGAAGAAUCCUAAAAAGGCGCCCACCGCUACAAUCGAUGUCCUCCUCACCUUUGACCAACACGGCAUCAGCAACCACCCCAACCACCGCUCGCUGUAUCACGGUGCGAUCCAUUUCCUGCGUACCCUGAUGACGGAUAAAGAAGGGUUUAAUUGUCCUGUGACCUUGUACACGUUGACGUCUACGUCGAUGUUGCGCAAGUAUGCGGGUGUGCUGGAUGCGCCGUACUCGAUGUUGUUGGGGGUCUUGGGCAAUCUAUUCGGCGGGAAGAAGACUAGUGCUGCUGAGGGGCCGGCGCGGUUGUUGUUCGUUAGCUCCGUUGGCGAGUGGUUGACUGCGCAGUCUGCCAUGGUUAUGGGUCAUAAGAGUCAGAUGGUCUGGUUCCGGUGGGGAUGGAUUACCAUCGGGAGAUAUAUGACUGUGAAUGAUUUGAAACGCGAGAAUGUCUAG